AUGUCGAACCUCUUUUCCGGGAUCAACGCUCGCUUCAGAGGUGGAGGCUCGGCCAAGCCACCAUCGCAGUCAAAGAGCCCAACCGCUUCCUCAACUGCGGGCCAGAUCAACUCUCCAGAAACGCUCUCACAAGCCAGCCAAUCUUCCACAAGCCUUGCGCCCAAGCUAUCACCGCUUCCCAACUCACCGUCGUUGGCCCAGAGCAUUGGCGUGGAGGACACAAGCAACAUGUCUGGAGAUGAGAUUAUCGCCUCUUACCACCUUCCCAGACCGCUACCCAUAUGGUUGAACCCCCAGUACGCCAAGCACAUUGUCAAAGGCAAUUUCAUGACGUUGAGCGCGCGGCCCAAGACGGUGGAACCUGGCGAAUGGAUCGCACAUCAAGUCGUGGAUCAUUACCGUCUGCUGUGGAACUUUGUCCGAGUUCUCCACGAGAAGGAAGAGGACGGCAGCACCAUCUGCAACCAGACAACAUGCCCUCGCAUGUCUGCCGGGUCCAACCACUCCUUCACGUGGCUCAACAGCCGCCGCGAGCCUGUCGAGCUCCCAGCGUAUGAAUACAUGACGCUCAUGCAGCGCUGGAUCUCGGGCAAGAUUGACGACGACAAGAUGUUCCCCACGGAUCCCUCUGGAAUCUCGUACGCCCACAACCCGUCCAUCACCACCACACCCCUGUCUCAGCUCUCCAAUCCCGGCGAGCCCGAGUGGCCCGGCAAGCGUUCAGGCUUCCCCGAGAAGUUCAUGGACGUCUGCCAGAUGAUCUUCCGGCAAAUGUUCCGGGUCUACGCACACCUGUACUGGGCGCAUUUCGCGGAGCCCUUCUACCACCUGAACCUGGAGAAGCAGCUGAACAGUUGCUUCUCGCACUUUGUACUCACGGCCACGGCGCUCGACAUGCUCAAGCCGGCGGAGCUUGAACCGAUGCAGCCACUGAUCGACCUGUGGGCGGCCAACGGGACGUUCCCACCCGAGUCCAAGGCUUACGAGUAUGCCAACAUCAAGGCCGGCCAGCGUCUGCUUGAGAUGGCUGGAUUCCCAACACAGUGA